AUGGAAUAUGACUUUCAGAGCGCAUUUCAACCAGUCACGCCGCCGUAUACGGAUUCAAGCAGUGCUGAAUUCGAUGAAGCGAUCUCAUCUCUACUCGAUCAAUCGCCGAAUGGCACGAGUGAAUUGGGCGAGACGGCUGAGCUACAGGGCUGGCUAGAAACACAGCCUAUCUUCAACGCAUACGACGAUCCUCUUCAAUCCCUUCAGUCCCUCCAAGCUAACCUCAUCGGCAACAGUGUCGGCGUAGAUCCUCGCCGGGAAUUGAUGCUCUCUGGUGAACAGGAUUUGCAGGGUGUGCAAUUUGCCUACCCUGAGCAACCUUAUCCAGAAAAUCAUCUUGCAGAAGAUAUUAAACCGAAAGCCAAGCGUAAGGCCAAGGAUAAGGCUAGCGAGAAUGGCACAGUCACAAAAAAGCAGAAAUCAGAAGCGCAGAAGCAACGGUUCCCAAAACCACCGCAACCUGUACCGCCACCACCGCGACAAGGUGGUCCGAAGAAUCCAUCACACAACGCCGUAGAAAGACGCUACAGAAAUAACAUAAACACGCGCAUGCUCGCGCUGCGAUGCGCUGUACCAGCUCUGGUCGCCCAGCCCCCUCAGACGAGCUCGCGGCGUAAAGCACCCCCGCUCUACGUUGAAGGAGUAGCUGUACCUGGCAAGAUCAACAAACAGACUGUGCUCAUUGGCGCCACGGAAUACAUACGCCGCCUUAGAGGGAGAGAACAGAGGUUGAUGCGCGAGGUUGAACUGCUCAGAUCCCAACUGCCAAUGGCAGAGCAGACAGCAUGGGCAUAUAACUGGGGAGCUGUGGAUGAUAGAGAUCUUUACGAUGAGGUGGAUGACUUUGAUCCGCCUGAUAAUGCUUUCGUGGAUCUGGUCGAUGAGCCAGACACCAAGACUAGCACGGAAGACCUGCAGUCGCAAGAAUCGCAGGAGUCACAGGAUUCACAGUCUAGCGAGGGCGGAAACGCUCCUCGCUACCUUCUCGGCAUGUUCUUGUCCUUUAGUUUGCUGCAGAAACCAUACACAAAGCAACAACAGUGGCAGCAUCAGAAUAUGUUUCGUAGAAGCUUUGAAGAGGGACAUGUUGUUUCGAGCAGUCUUCCAUCUAGCGCAGUUGCAGGGGGAGCGGCAGAUGAGAUAGAUUGGAAGGAUCAUCUAAUUCCUGAUCUUCUGCAUCCACAUUUUCAUGACAUUAUCCAGACAGUCCUCAUCUGCUUGACGCUCUUUGUGUUGCUGUACCCUCUCUUACCUAGCUUAAAAAGAAAUCCUGUCACUCAAGCAGCUCAGAUUGGCUGGAUGACCAUUCAGCGACUAUUGAAGAGCAGUCUUGGUGUGAGCUGUGGAAAGUUCACAGAGGAAACAAUUCAACGCGCUCAGAAGCAGAUUUACAAGCCGAAGGAACACUCAAAGAUGGACAGACUACACACACAUAUGCUGCUUUCGACUUCGCCCGGGAUGAGGGAAUCUCCAGUCGCCCUUGCUACAGCAGCCCUGCACACUAAGUCGAGCAAGCUGUGGAAAGAAGCGCAGGAUAUGUAUUUGGAGAGUGAACCGAGAUAUGUCCAGUUAGCAUUGGAAAGGGAUAUCGAAGAUGCCCACCAGCUAUGCACGAUGGGUGCGAGUAAUAAGAAAGCCGACUUGAACGUUUUGCAGAAGAUCUCCAGCAGCGUCUCUGUAUUAGCACUAGAAGAGCUUUGGAGUUUAAUAUUCACCCAAAUGGUACAAGAGAAGGCAUCAGUAGGGGAUGUACAACUCAUCAACAAAGCUGUUGGACAGUUGGUGAGCUCUACAAGAAAUCUACCAACGGUUGACACUAUGUCUAUGUUAUCUGCUGCCAUGUGGGCUUUAUUACAGGGCAAGAAGGAGAGUGCGUUGCGUUUGGCAGCGCAAUUAAGUGGUAGAACGGCGUCUUUGAAGUGCCUGAAGGUGUUCAGAAUGCUCACCAAGACUUCUGAGAAUCUGGACGAUGUUGAUGGGAAGGAUGAUAUGUUUGAUAGUCAAAUUGAUGAGGAGAUUGAAAGAUGCGACGAUUUGGCUACUAUAGCCAUGCUUUACUUGUCACUCAAAAUGUCUUUGCCAGGCAAUAAAGGGAAAGGGCAGGGUAAGGCGCUGUAUAGGCUCACACUGCGAUUGCGCUCUUUGCUUGGCUCACUCGAUGAAAGGAAAGGGAAGCUGAUUGAUGACGAAACUUAUGAUGCUGCUGUUGAUUCUUUGCAAGUAAUUGGCUACCAAGUUAUAGGAAUGAGAAUGUCGGCAAUUGGUGAGACAUGUCAUGGAAUCGGCAUUCGUAAUUGGGGACAUGUCACUCGCAUGGAUAGCCAGGAUAGCUAG